AUGAAGUUCCUCACACUUUCUUUCCUUGUCGCAACGGCCCUCGCAGCGCCCCAAGGUCGUCCCCACGGACCCGUGCAAGUCUGCGGGCCGCAGGGGAUCCAGAUGUGCAUCAAGAACGCAGACGGCAGUCCAUCGACACACAUUGGCGUGUGUGCUCUGACCAGCAUCAACGACUAUGGAAGCUGCCCGGACGGCACUCAUUGCGUUCAAGAUCCCCCCAACCCGAACUACAUUCCAGUUCCUCGCUGCGUCCAGAACAGCAAGUCGCAGUGA